AAUAUGUUAAUUUAUGUUCAAUAAAUGCUUGUGAUGCAUUACAAAUAUGCACAGAGGAUAUUGAUGAUAUUAAAAAUAAAAUUGCUGCCGAAACCGAUUUAGAAACGCUCGCUAUACGAUUACGAAAUAUUGAUAGGCGUUUACGUGCUGUUGAACAACCAUUAUGGACAAUAAUGCGAACAUCCUCCAGAAGUUUCGAAGGUUGUUCACACGGACCAUGUAAAUGUCGACCAGAAACAUUGAGUUUAACUUGUUGGAAAUCUGGAAUUAAUAAGAUACCAGCAUCACAAGUGAUACCAAAUAAUAUUAAAUCAAUUGAUUUAGGUGUUAAUCACUUAAGUACGUUACACAAAGAUACUUUUCAAAUAUUACCGCAUUUACAAGAAAUUGAUUUGUUCGAUAACCAAAUUGAUUUUUUGCCACCAACAAUUUUCGAUAACCUAGAAAGCCUAACCAGUCUACGUUUACAUCGCAAUAAUCUCGAAGAGCUAGAUGAAGAUAUAUUUUUAAAACUUAUAAGCUUACAAACACUAGAUAUUUCAUACAACGAUUUAAAAUACUUAGAAUCACGAUUAUUUCGAGGAAAUUCACAUAUGAAAUUCUUACAAUUAUCUGGUAAUCACUUGCGUGAUUUACCCGACGAUAUUUUUUGGCAAUUACAUAGUUUAGAAGAACUUGAUUUAAGUGAUAAUAAAUUAAACUUUUUACCACAUAAUUUAUUUGAUCAUUUGACUGGCUUGAAAAAAUUGAAGCUGAGUGAAAACAGUUUAGAAAUUUUACCUCAAGGAAUUUUUAGAAAUCUACACAAAUUAAAUAUAUUAAAAUUACGGCGUAAUUUAUUGUACGAUAUUCCAGCUCAUUUAUUCUCGAACUUAACACAGUUAAAAGUAUUAGAGCUAACAGCAAAUAAAUUAAUGACAUUAUCACCAACAAAUUUUACAAAUUUAUUAAAUUUAAAAGAAUUACACUUAGGAUUAAAUUUAAUAACACAUAUACCAGCGGGUACAUUCAAAUCAUUACUUAAUUUAGAUAAAUUAUAUUUAUUUGCGAAUAAUCUAGAACAAUUAGAUGCUGGUGUAUUUGAAGGAUUAACAAAAUUAACAUUCUUACUUUUAAAUAACAAUUUAUUGAAACAAAUUAAUGAAUAUGUGUUUGUAGAUACGCCAAAUAUUGAAAAAUUACAUUUGGACAGUAAUAAGUUUCAAUAUUUACCAGCAAAAUGUUUUGAUUGUCUAGAAAAAUUAAUUUCAAUUAAACUAGCGAAAAAUCCAUGGCAUUGUGAUUGUGCAGUUUCUUACUUAGCAGCGUGGAUACAAAAUAACAAACCAAAAAUUUGGGAUACAGCACCAACAUGCCGCGGUCCUGGUGAUUUAGGUGGCAAAACACUGGAAAUUAUGACCUUUGAUGAUCUAUGUGAUGGACAAUGGGCUAGUAUGGUUCGACUGUCACCACGUAUUCCAAUACAAAGUUUAUACCCUCCAAGUGUAAAUAAAACUUUGAACGGGUCAAAUAUUUUUAGCAGUAUGGAACAAACUAAAGACAAAGUAGAAACAAUAUAAGAUAAUUUAUAUUUUUUGUGUUAAUUACUAUUAUUAGGUAUACUUUGUAUCACAAAAAACGCACGGAUUUACAUAAAGUAUUUACGUAAAUCCCUGCGUUUUUUGUGACACAGAGGUACAUUUGUUAUUAUGUUGUCAAGUUUAUUUAAAAAUGAUUUAUAUAAAUAUUUCAAGUUAUAAUAAAUUUCCUUUUGCUUUCGACACUUUCGCAAAAUAGAACGAAGUAGAGUGCCUUGCCUGACUUCAAUAAAACCUCAGUUUUUUGUGCUCGAAUCAAAGAAAACACGAGGCAUCCACACGAUUUCAAGUAUCAUCUCCUUCAGCUAUUUGCUAUAGAAACGCGUGUCAUUUCCGUUGAAUUUAAACGACUUUACUAAAGUUGAAAAUUG